GCCCGCGAGCCCCGGCUCCCCUCCCUUCUUUCCCUCCCUCCUUACCACCGCUUUCCGCCUCCAGAGAGCUCACUUUCCUAGCAGCCAUGGGCUCGGCUCACCUGCCGCCCCCGAGCCUCCCGCCCCUGCUCACAGCCGCCUAACUCCGGGAGCGAGAUGGAGGCGCUCGCCUGGCUCCUGCCUCCGCUCGUCCUGCUGUGCGCCCAGCAGCACAGAUGCACCAGAGCAAUGAAUGACAUUGGAGACUACAUAGGAUCUAAUGUUGAAAUAUCCUGGCUCCCCAAUCUGGAUGACCUAAUGGAAGGCUACGCUCGGAAUUUCAGGCCUGGAAUCGGAGGUCCUCCUGUGAAUGUGGCUCUUGCCCUUGAGGUCGCCAGCAUCGACCACAUAUCAGAAGCUAACAUGGAGUACACUAUGACCGUCUUCUUACAUCAAAGCUGGCGAGAUAGCCGAUUAUCUUAUAACCACACCAAUGAAACCCUGGGCUUAGACAGCCGCUUCGUGGACAAGCUCUGGCUCCCAGAUACCUUCAUUGUCAAUGCCAAAUCAGCCUGGUUCCAUGAUGUAACAGUGGAAAACAAGCUUAUUCGACUGCAGCCCAAUGGGGUGAUUCUAUACAGCAUCCGAAUCACCUCCACUGUGGCCUGUGACAUGGACCUCUCCAAGUACCCCAUGGAUGAGCAGGAGUGUAUGCUAGACCUGGAAAGCUAUGGCUACUCUUCAGAGGAUAUCGUGUACUACUGGUCAGAAAAUCAGGAGCAAAUUCAUGGCUUAGACAAGCUACAGUUGGCGCAGUUUACCAUUACCAAUUACCAGUUCACUACUGAGCUAAUGAACUUCAAAUCAGCAGGGCAGUUUCCCAGACUCAGUCUACACUUCAAUCUGCGGAGGAAUCGAGGUGUCUACAUCAUCCAGUCCUAUAUGCCUUCCAUCCUUCUGGUUGCCAUGUCCUGGGUCUCCUUCUGGAUCAGUCAGUCUGCCGUCCCUGCUAGAGUAUCACUAGGUAUCACCACAGUGCUGACAAUGACCACGCUGAUGGUCAGUGCCCGCUCUUCCCUUCCACGGGCAUCAGCCAUCAAAGCACUGGAUGUAUACUUCUGGAUCUGCUAUGUGUUUGUGUUUGCUGCACUGGUGGAGUAUGCCUUUGCCCACUUCAAUGCAGAUUAUAUGAAGAAGCAAAAGGCCAAGCUGAAGGUCACCAAGCAGAGCAGUGAGAUUAACGUGAAGAAUGCCAUCGUGCUGUUCUCCCUCUCCGCUGCGGGCAUCAAUCAGGAGCUGGCCAUUUCCCAUCGUCAACACAAAAUCCCAGGCAAUCUCAUGGGCUCCUAUCGGUCAGUGGAAGUGGAGACAGGGGAGGUGAAGAAGCAGGAGGGAUCCACAACUGGAAAAAAGGGAGGCUUGAGAUCAUUCUUCAAACCCAUUGAUGCUGACACCAUAGAUGUCUAUGCCAGAGCAGUGUUCCCAGCAGCCUUUGCUGCUGUCAAUGUUAUCUACUGGGUGGCUUACACUAUGUAAAAGCAGCCAUACACAAACACACACACACACACACACACACACAAGUCUUCCGGAGCUAGUGGGUCCAACUUUUGGACACUCCAGCCCUGCUUUCACCUCACUGCUAUGAAAGAGACAAUUGAACUCUGGUAUAGUUUAUAUCUUUGACUUUUUUGUUUUUUAAAUGAAGGGGGGAAAUCCCUGAAGAAAAAAAAAAAAACCAACCUUUGAAACCUCUGAAUUCACUGCUGACUAGACAGAUGAACAUCUUUCCAAUUCUGGAUUCCUCAGUUUACCCUGAGUAUUGGUCCUGAAGAGUGAACUCCAAAUGCUACCCCAGGAUGAUUGAAUCGGAGUCAUAGCAGGAGAAAAUGCUUCUGAAAUCCCAGAAAAGACUUUAGAGAACAUCAAAUCCCCGACUCUCAAUUUACAGAGGAAAAAAAAAAAACAACUGAAGCUCAGAAAAAGGAAAUACUUGUCUCAGUCCCAUAGAUGGCAGUUCUGGCUACUCCUUUCUAACUUGGGGUCUGAUUUCUUGACUUCUGGGUGACUGAGCACCCUGUGGAAAGUUUGGAUUUUUAAACCCACAAGAUACUUCUCAGUUUCUAAGCUUUCUAUGCUUUUGCCCAGUAGGGGAGAGAACCUGGAUUAUUAUUAUUAUUAUUUUUUUUACUGUGGUGGUUAUUGUGUCUCUUGAAUUAAAUGUUAAAAAGGAAAAAAAAAUUUUUUUUGACCACUCUCUGGCCCCCGCAUGUAAUAAAGGCUUUCUUCUAGAA